AUGGGUCAGGAGAUCCUCAGCGUUGUCUUUCGCAGCGUGAAGAAGGAAGGAGAAUGGAAGGUGCUGAUCAUGGACCACCCCAGCACGCGCAUCCUUUCGUCGUGCUGCAAGAUGUCCGACAUGGACGAAGGCAUCACGCUUGUGGAAGAUAUUAACAAGCGCCGGGAGCCAAUCCCCAGCCUGGAGGCCAUCUACCUGCUCAGCCCUGUGGAGAAGGCUCUGAUCGAUGACUUCCAGGGCACCCCCACCUUCACCUACAAGGCAGCUCACGUCUUCUUCCUCAGCACCUGUCCUGACCCUCUGUUCAACGAGCUGCGGAAGUCACGGAUCACCAAGGCCAUCAAAAUCCUCAAGGAGAUCAACAUGGCCUUCCUGCCCUAUGAGAGCCAGGUGUACUCCCUGGACAGGCCACAGUCCUUCCACAACUGGUUCAGCCCCUGCUGCGCCUGGGAAAGGAACAAGGAGCUGGAGAUGCUGGCAGAGCAGAUUGCUUCAUUGUGUGAAACCCUGGAGGAGUAUCCAGCCAUCCGCUACAGGAAGGACCAUGAAGAUAACUUCCACCUGGCGCAUGCUGUACUGGCCAAACUCAAGGUGUUCAAGACUUACGAGCCCAGCAUGGGAGAGGGCCCCGACAAAGCCCGCUCUCAGCUGCUAAUCGUGGACCGGAGCUUCGACCUGGUGUCCCCACUGCUGCAUGAGCUCACCUUCCAGGCCAUGGCCUACGACCUGCUCAGCAUCGAGAACAACACCUACAGGUACGAGACAACGGGCACCAGCGACUCGCGGGAGAAGGAGGCGCUGCUGGAUGAAGAUGACAAACUCUGGGUGCAGCUACGCCACAUGCACAUCGCUGACGUCUCCAAGAAGGUGACUGAGCUGCUGCACACCUUCUGUGAGAGCAAGAGGCUGACCACGGACGAGGCCGACAUCGAGGACCUGUCCCAGAUCCUGAAGAAGCUGCCCGAGUACCAGAGAGAGCUGAACAAGUACUCCACGCACCUGAACCUGGCCGAGGACUGCAUGCGGCACUUCAAAGGGACGGUGGAGAAGCUGUGCAGCGUGGAGCAGGACCUGGCCAUGGGGAUGGACGUGGAUGGGAAGGUGAUCAGGGACCCGAUGAAGAUCAUCCGGCCCGUCCUGCUGGACCCCAGCGUGCAGGCCUACGACAAGACGCGCAUCAUCCUGCUCUACAUCCUGAAGAACGGUGUGAGCAUGGAGAACCGUGACAAGCUGAUCCAGUGUGCCAACAUCCAGCAGCUGAGGGGCAGCAUCAACAACAUGGACUUCCUGGGCACCUCUCUCACGCCUGGGAGAAGGCAGGUGUGGCCGCAGUCCACCUACCUGCUUUCCCGCUGGACCCCCAGGCUCAAGGACGUCAUGGAGCCGGUCCAGCAGCUCAUCGACGCGGGGCAUGGGGUAGGAUUCGAACUUCGAGAUGGCAUUGAUGCGGCGGAAGUCUAUGCAGAAGCGCUGGCUGCCGUCCGGUUUGGGGAUCAGGACUACUGGACUACGCCACUCGCUCUGGGAGGCUUCAAUGACGCCCAGCUUCAGCAUCGCUUGUACUUCCUCCUCGACGACUUGGCGCAUGCGGUAGGGAAGAGGUCUCGUCGACUCACGAAUUACUACCCCCGGCUCCGUGUGAAUAUGAUGGUACACGAGGGUCGUGUACCCCGGCUGGUUGGUAAAGGUCCUGCGGAACGCCUGCAGGAGGCACUCAGUCUGUUUCAGCUGCUCCGCCGUCAAGGAUUCCCCGAGCUGCGGGGUGCCGACGUCCUCGACCGGCGUAACCCGGGGUCCCAACUCAGGGUCGGGUGGACAGGGAUUAAUCAGGAGACCCUCCCGCUUCCUCCAGGGCUUCAAGAGAUUAACGUGAUAUUUCUGGAGUUUCUUCCGGCGGUCGGGCUGGUUGAUCUCGUCUCCCUCAUGAGGUCCAGCAAUCCUCUCGGCCGACGGCCGUAUAACAACUCGAAUGGAGAGAACUUGGUGGAGGUUUGGGGUACCUCACGGACGGCCAGGAGUAAUGGCGGGAUCAACUGGUCCCAGCGGCGCAGGUCUUCUGGGGAGAACUUGCGCAGCAUGUCCUUCAUGGUCCGGUUAAACCGCUCGACUAGGCUGUCGGUUUGUGGGUGGUAUACCGAGGUGCCCGGCGGCGGGGACAUCAUGGGCGAGCCUCAUCACCGCCCGGCGGUGGCAGCGGGGUACCAUCAGUUGUCUCUGGGUUUGCCCGGUGCGGGAAUCAUGGUCGACCCGAUAGAGGCGAUCCCGUCGCAGUUCGAACCGGGGCCACGUUUUGGCCCGGGCGGGAUCUAUCAGCGCAUCGUCGACUGCGGCCAACUGUUCGUAGGCCCGGCUCAGGGUGGGAUCUUCCCUCUGGUCCCGGCAGAAAUCAGUAGCGAGUUGGGGGUCGUCGGCCGCACCCGCUUCGGGCAUUGGCACAAGAGCAAGCCAGCAGCCGAGUACCGGACGGGCCCGCGCCUCAUCAUCUACGUGCUGGGUGGGGUGACCAUGUCUGAGAUGCGCUGCGCCUACCAAGUGACCCGGACCACCAAGGGCGAGUGGGAGGUUGUGAUCGGUUCCAGUCACAUCCUAACCCCCAAGAGCUUCCUGGAUGACAUCCAAACCCUCGACCGGAAGGCCCCUGAGGAGGUCUAG